AUGCUCAUCGAUCGCGCGUUCACCGAAGUUCUGGUCAAGCUUGUCGUCGGUGCCGAUGACCACCAAACCUCCUUCUACGUCCACCCAUCGCUGCUCAAAGCAAAAUCCUGUUACUUCCAAGCAUGUCUUAGCGGUAACUUCUCCGAACAGAAGAAGGGCGAAGUCAAGCUCGAUGAUCUGGACCCACGCAUCUUUCGCCUCUUCGUUGACUGGCUAUACGCCGGUGCGGCCGGUGAACAGGCAGCAGUGCAGGGCAUGUUCAACGGCAUCACCGAAGCCCGAGAUCUGGUUCUGCUCUGGUACCUCGGCGAUCGUCUGCUGUGUGAGAAUCUGCAGAACAACAGCAUCGAUGCUCUCAGGAUCCUGCACGAAACUCAGACUGCUAAUCUCGAGCUCCUGCUGUUCAUCUACGAAACUUCUGCUGCUAGCCAAGUGCUUCUCGAAUACUACAUCCGACAAGUUGUGGCAGACUUGUACGAAGAUGUACUUCCUGGACUCUUCAGCAUCACGCAAGACAAGAACUGGUCCAAUUUACCCGGAGAUCUGAUGAGGAUGCUACUGGUGGACUAUCACACACUUGUAACGUUGGUCGAUGAGGACGAUCAGUUGCCGCAACACUUGAUGGGUUGCAAUUGGCACAUACACAGCGACCCCCCUGAUCAAGCCUGUGACUCGCAAUUCUGA